AUGAUUCCUCACCGCAGCACGGCCCUCCUUACCAUCAUCGUAUUCGUGGCGCUGCUGUUGGUGAUAUUCUCAUCCUCCUCGAUUCCUGUGGAUCCUGAAUCGGGGGAAGUGAAGGCCUCCGGCGUAUCCAAAUAUGUUCCGCUACCCAAAAUCCCUUCUCUAAACAACUUCCACCUCCCGUCGUUCCGCCCAUCUGUCCAUACACCGCCGGAGCUGCAACCCAACAGCACCAGCGGCGAGUCCAAAUGGUUCUCCGACUGGGCAUGGUUGAAUCCAUUUUCCUCCUCGAUUACGCUGGAUGAAAACCGCUCCGUGCUUCCACCUCUGGGACACCGACCGUUUAUUUACACCUAUUACGAACCCAACAAAGGCAAUAACAAGGACGAGGAGAAUGCGGACGCUCAGCUACUUCUGGCCUGGCGCCGGGCCUGGUUUGCCCAAGGGUUUCGUCCCAUCAUCCUGGGGCCCGGCGAGGCCAUGAAAAAUCAACUCUACGAGCUGGUGCAGCCAUUGAAACUUCAUAAGGAUCUGGAGACCGAGCUUUUCCGAUGGCUCGCUUGGGGCCAUAUGGGGGAUGGUCUGCUGGCCGAUUGGCGCUGCUUCCCCAUGGCCAGAUAUGAUGACCCGUUGUUGACCUCCCUGCGUCUGGGCACGGAUCCGGCUGUGAUUACGCGCUUUGACCGCAUUGGCAACGCGCUCUUUGCAGGUGAGAAGUCGCGGAUCAACGAUGCGGUCAAGGAAGCCGUUAAGAAGAUCGAUGAAAACUCCAAGUCCAUGUUGGACUUAGUGCCUGCGGAGUUCUUCAGGAACGAAGAGCCAAGCUCGCUGGCCUUUUAUGACUCUAAUACCGUGCUGGCGAACUUUCCCACACUGGCCGAACAGAGCGUCAAGUCGGCCAUCGCGGGUAGACUCGCACUGGUCGAACUCAUCAAUUCGCAUCUACACAGCACGUUCCAGAACUCGUUCCCGGCCGGUGUGGCUGUCUUGAAGCCUUUCCCCGAACACACAACCGCCCUCGUCGAGCCCUCGCUACAGCUCGCCAAAGCUCUCGCCCAAUGCCCAACGUCUCCGGCUCCUUCCUGUCCCCCUAACCUACGGAAGUGCCACCUUUGUGACCCGACGAAGCCCAUGCAGAUCAGUCAACCGGCAGUUUACCGCAACACGACCCAGGUGUUCACCAUUGGAACCCUACCCCACCCGUACACUUUGAUCAGCCUGCAGCAGGGCUCCGCGGAUGUUAGUACGCGGCACGUGCGCCGCGAGACGGAGCGCGACGGAUGGCUGAAGGCGGUCACCCAGGAGCAACUGGGCCCCGAUCUGGGGGGAUCGUCGCGCGCCGUGGUGUUCAAGAAGGCCGUCGCCGACAUUGGAGCCAUUGGGACGUCGAUGUGGACCACAGUCGAAUCCUUGCCCGCGGAGGCUGGUCAGACCCUUCCACCCCACCUCUUGGAUGAACUGGAGUGGCAAUUUGGAUUUAAGAUCCCUCGUGUAGCGAGGGUGGAUGCGAAACAUGAGGACGACAGCACAAAGCCUAUGCCGAACGCCAACUCCAUCCAGAAAGGCGUCGAAAAGGAGUAUGAAAUCCUCCAAGUGGCCCGGGAGAUUCUGAAAAGCAAGGAGACCAAUCGAAUCAACAUCAAAGAUGUAGCGGAAGCUUGGAACCUGGCUGAUACGGAAGUAUGGCGGUUUGUUCGAGCGUAUCGGGCUCGCAGUAUUGUCGAACGGAAGAAAUGGGAGGAGGAUGAGAGGGACUUUGUUGGGGCGCGACUUAAAGAAUAG